AUGAUCGACUACAAGCAUGGGGCCUGGGGAAUGGGGGUCCUCUUCAUGAAGAGAGGGUCGGUGAUCCCCAAGGCCCUCGUGUGGUCUCUACCAUGUGCGACCAUCACAGUGCUCUUGCACAUUUUUUGGGCCACGCAGAAGGGCGACAACAACACAGAGAUGGAGGGAAUCAAUACCAUCUGGUCCGGAUACACUUUCGUGCUUGGUUUCCUCAUUGUUUUCCGUAGCAACCAGGCGUACUCACGGUUUUGGGAGAGCGUCACUUUGUUUCACCAAAUCACGGGGGAGUGGACCAGUGCCGUCAGCAACCUGCUCUCCUUCUGCAGUCCCAACAUCGAUAAGCAUAGAGAAGUGGAAGAUUUUCGGCAGUAUCUCAUCCGCCUCCUGAGCUUGCUUCAUUGCAAUGCGCUGCAGACCAUCUGCGACCUCGCAGAUGAUACUCUGGAGGUCCUGAACCUGGGAGGCAUCGAUGCAGUCAGCCUGCUGCAUCUCAGGACCAGCCCGGAUCGCUGCGAGAUCGUGAUGUUGUGGAUUGAGCGUCUCAUAAUAGAGGCAGACAGGAAGAAGACGCUGGAGGUGCCUCCGCCGAUCCUCUCCCGAGCUUUCCAGGAACUAUCGCGUGGCAUGGUAAGCGUCACAAACGUGCGGAAGAUCAGAAAGGUGCCCUUCCCGUUCCCUUAUUCACAAUACCUGUCAUACAUGCUGAUUCUUCACUGGAUCCUUACACCACUUGUUGCCAGCCAGACGGUGCUGAAGCCAUGGUGGGCCGGUAUCAUUGUCUUCGUGGUGUCCACAUCGUAUUGGACGCUCUUUUACAUCGCCCAGGAGAUCGACCAGCCCUUCGGGGAGGAUGCAAACGACCUCCCGGUUAGGGAAAUGCAGCGCGAGUUCAACGCGAAGCUGGAGUUCUUCGUCCAGCCACUGUCAUGGACUGUGCCGGAUUUCAGCUUGGAUGCCGAAGAUGCGCUGGAAGUCAAGGUUUUAAACUCCAGCUUCAUGCUCCGCCAGCACAGCGAGGAACUCCGCCAGCACAGCGAGGAAAUCCGCUCGCGGAAGUCGUCGAUACGAGGGGACGGCAUCGGCUCCGAGCCGACGGCUUUGAUCAAGGACCCGAUCUUCAGCGCCACGGACUUCUUCCUCUCCCCGGAGUCCUCGGAUCUCUCCGUGAACCACCCGCUAGAGCUCGCGGAGCUCCAAAACUUCCUGUCAAGCCUGAUAGAGCCGGAGAUGGAGUCAAAGGUUUUGUGGCGGGACUUGGAAGAGAAGGUCCUGCGAAGAGCGCCAGAAUCGUCCAGCUCAGUUCGACCAGAGAAGGAUGCAGAUGGUUUGACAAAGCUAUCCCCCCACGAGCUGUCUCAGAGACUGCAAAGCUACCUCAAGACCCGGCCUCCGUCUCUGGACCUGGAGCUGCGGAUGUUGGAUCAACUGCUCACGGAGAAGUUCCGCCGCUUGAGGAGGAUAUGA